CUCCCAUUGAGAUCCCAGACCACGAGAUUCACAUUGAGAAAGGGCUCAAGAGGAAGCAGAAUGAUCGUCACCGCCAUGCGCAGCUCCACCAUACUGAAGAUGGCGAGGUAUUGGAACAUGUCGGCGAUGUGCAUGACCACCUGCUACAAGUCCAUUACGUCAAAAAGAUACCGUACAUCGUCGACCAUGAAGCCUGGGAGAACUACAAGCAUCAGGCCCAGGACAUCCCAAUCCUGGAGGCCAGUUCAGAGACGCAGCAGUGCAUAGCCUACGCACUCGACCCGGCCGCAGCUAGGGACCUUGCGGAGUCGUACGGCAGAUGGGCCAUGGCCGCGGAGGCCUCUCUACUCAACCUGACGGAUGCCAUGCCGAUCAGCGACGGGCGCCGUAGAGGACAGCCGCUACGCUAUCGGCUCGAGCAGAUGAUACGCCAGCCCGACCCCAUGUACAUCCAAGCAGGCACCAAGCAGCUCGAGACCAACGCCUGGAUCAGUCUCACCAGCCAGCUCCUAGUCUUCGUCAAACAGUGCGAGCGACGCCAAUCGCAGACUGAAGCGAACAUCGGCACCAUCAGGCCCAAGACUGAUCACCAACGAGACCACCAAGCUGCUGACACGGUACUGGAUGACCUUAUUGCGCGCAUGGUUGCACGCACGCCGUCUUACCAGUGCUACCCCUGGACUGACAUCCCCUUCGGCAGCCGACUACAAUUUCCAGACCAAGCCGUAUCUUCAGCUCCGACGUGCACAACACCGUGGCCAGCCGUCACCAGCAUGGACAACGAAGAGGCGGACCCUUUCGACGCGAUCAACUACGACAUCGACUGCUUCGACUACCUGGAGCUGCUGCAGCGCGAGCCUGAGGAGCCAG